AUGCGCUUCUUGUCUAUCUUGGCUUCGACGACUGCCGUAACUGUUGCCUCAGAUGGCAGCGGCCAGUUCACGGCUAUUCAAGAUGGUAUCUCCUACGCCCAGAUCCAUGCAAUUCCCACUGUGACUGUUCUGGCUGGCACCUAUACUCAAGCGAUCACCGUCUCAGCGACACCAACUGUCACUGUCGUUGGUCAAACCGAUCAAACCGAUGACUAUUCAAAGAACAAGGUAGUCAUUACCAAUGCUGGAACUGUUUUGACUGUGAACAACAAUGUCCAACAAGUCAACUUCAAGAAUAUCAACUUCGUCAACACUGGGGCCAGCUACGGUGCCAUGGUCCUCAAGGGAAACAAGUACGCAUUCUAUGACUGCCAAAUCGUUUCAACUGGAAGUCUAGGUAUCACUGCCAGCGUGGGUCUUGGUAUCAUAGCAAAUUCGUAUAUUGAAGCCCUUGACAAGAUCAUCUAUGGAGGAGCAAGUCUCUAUGUUUACAACACAGAGAUUGUGCCGAUCGACAACUCUGCUCUCAUCACCUACAUGAAGGGUACUACCUCCAGUACGUCGGUAUUGUACAACUCGAUGGUUGUCUUUGACCAUGUCACCGUGGCUCAGAAGUCGGGAACCUCAACCAGCAAUGUCUAUCUUUCAGCUGCCAAUGGCGCUGGAGUUACCGUGCUAUACCGUGACUCCAACCUGGGUAGCUGUGUUGCUGCCAGUGGUGCCCAUAUCGAUGCAACAAGUCAAAACACUGCAAACAAAUUUGUCGAGUAUUCCAACUCUGGUGCAGGUGCAUAUGCAAGCAAUGCUGUUACUCGAUCUCAAUAUGUUUCUCUCUUGACUGCAUCGGACCUGUCUUCAUACAGCAUCAGUGCCGUCUUCGCCGCUGCCUACCCGAACUAUGCCUCUUCUGAUAGCACUUGGAUUGACUCUUCUGUCCUUGCUGCCAUUGCGAGCGCAGAUGUCGCCACAUCGACUACUUUGACUUCAACCACUAGCACCUCGUUGGCAACAUCCGCAUCUGAUGUUUCGACUAUCUCGGCUUCCACAACCACAACCACUGCUGCCACUCCAUCAUCUACCUUUGUCGUGGAUGCCACCGCUGGACCGUACAAGAACGUGACUGCUGCUAUUGCCGCCCUUCCAAAUGACAGCAAAGAGUACACGAUCUUUGUUAAGAGUGGCACAUACAGUGAGCAAAUUUCGGUCACUCGCACGGGCAAGACCAUUAUUCGCGGAGAGACUACCUUUGAGAAUGACUAUACCCAGAACACUGUGACAAUUGAAUACUCCAAUGGAGUUCUGACCAGUGCCAACAAGGAUGAGGAGACUCCAAUCGUUAAUGCCAAAAAUUCGGAUGGCAAGGGACUUGCCAUCUAUAACAUCGACUUCAAGAACACCUACCCCCAGACCGCGAACACAGCCGCCCUUGCCGCUGACUUCUACGGUAACGUGCAAGCUUAUGGCUGUUCUUUUGUUGGGUUCCAGGAUACUCUUCUCGCAAACAAGGGCACUCAGGUCUUUUCCAACUGUUAUAUCGAGGGUUCCAUUGAUUUUAUUUGGGGUUUCUCAACGGCUUUCUUCUAUCAAUCCGUGAUUGCAACAAACACUGCUGGCUCUUGCAUUGCUGCGAUGAGUCGCUCCUCAGCCACUGCGACCGGAGGUUACGUCUUUGACAACUGUCUUGUCACUUACACUUCUUCAUACGGUAGUACCUACCAGAGCAGUUGGCUCGCCCGACCCUACUCUGCAUACAGUCGUGUCGUCUACAUGAAUUCCUACCUCGAUAAGCAUAUCAGCCCCACUGGAUGGCACAUCUGGUCAACAAGUUCCCCCCAAACGGACUAUGUCACAUUCGGAGAAUUCAACAACACUGGACCAAGCAGUUGGUCUAGCAGCCGUGCUUCAUUUGCGACCAACCUUACCGAGACGCAGGCUGAAGCAUACACCCUAGCAAACUGGAUUGGAGACACCACAUGGCUUGAUAUGGAUGCGUACAGCCUUGCACCAUCCUAUGAUCUGACUGGAGGAGCUAGCAGCACAGCAACCACCACUGCCACAGCUAGCUCUACCGCAACAUCUCUCUCUACGGCCACCGCAUCUGCUUCAUGGGCUCACCCCUCAAGCGGGACCACUCCCCCAACUGGCGCCGUCCUGGUCAGUCCCUCCGGGUCCAUCAGUGGCUCCUACAGCAAUCUCACCAAUGCUCUGGCUUCUCUUCCAGAUGACACUACCACUCAAGUAAUCUUCAUGUACGCAGGAACAUAUGAAGAACAAAUUCCCUCGAUUAACAGAAAUGGCCCGGUCAUGAUCAUUGGUUAUACUACCGGAAACCCUGGUCAGACCUACGCCGAAAAUGAAGUUACGAUCACUUUCGCCCAUGGACUUUCCGUGUCUCCUCUACCGACUGGUCACUCCGAUGCUGAAACCGCUACCAUUGCCACCGCGUCUAACAACAUCGCUUUCUACAAUAUCAACAUCAUCAACUCGGACAAUCUUGAUGGUCUGGAGUCUUCUUACGUGACACUUGCUGCUUCAAUUUAUGGAAAUCAUAUCGCAUUCUAUGGUUGCUACUUCCAAGGUUGGCAAGACACUCUGCUCACUGGAAGCACGACAGGAUACCAAUAUUAUGAGUCCUCGUAUAUUGAAGGUGCCAUUGACUUCAUUUGGGGUUAUUCCAAGGCCUACUUCAAGGGUUGCACUAUCGGAGCUAAGAGGGCCAAGUCAGCUAUUACUGCGCACAGCAGAGCUUCAUCCAGUGCGAUCGGUGGUUAUAUCUUCGAUCAAACUCUUUUCACAGCUGCCGCUGACGCAACUGUCGAUCUGACCAACACUGUCUACCUUGGUCGUCCUUACUCCCAGUACGCGCUGGUUGUUGUGAAGAACUCUUACCUGUCCUCCGUCAUUCAACCUUCUGGCUGGAAGAUUUGGUCCACCUCUGACCCUCGUACUGGAGCUGUUAUAUUCGCCGAGUUCAAUAAUUCUGGACCGAGCAACUGGGAAAACAAUGCUGCCGCUCGUGAGGCCUUUGGAUACGCCACCCUCCUGACAGAGGAUACCUACUCUCUUGCAAGCGUCAUGGACUCCACUGACUGGAUUGAUAUGACUUACUGGGAUACCAUUGAUACGCCUACAGCUGUCUCAGGAACAGCCACCACCACCACCUCUACCUCGGCUACUCCUACUGCCACGGUCGCCUAUGAUGGUACAACACCUCCCUCCGGUGCUUACAUUGUUUCCAAGACAAGCCUUGGAACCAACACCACGGUCUAUGAUACCAUCCAGAAGGCCCUUGAUGCUCUUCCAACUUCCUCCAAGGUCACACCUACUGUCUUCAUCUACCCCGGUACCUACGAGGAACAGCUCAUUAUCAGCAAAUCCGGUUCUGUAAUCAUGAUGGGAUACUCUGACUCCACAUACGACUACUCCAGCAACCAGGUUACCAUCCAGUACAACCAUGGUGUUGACACUAGUGCGGAUGAAUCCAACUCUAACAGUGCCACUGUUUAUGCUACCGGAAACUACUUCCAGGCAAUGAACAUCAACUUCGUGAACAACAACGGUACCCAGCAUGAUAUCGCGACACUCGGUUUUGCUGUCAAGUCAAGCAAGUAUGCCAGUCUUUAUGGCUGCCAGGUCAGAGGUAACCAGGAUGCCCUCUUGAUUAACGGUAACUUCUUUAUGAGCAACGGAUAUGUCGAAGGAAACAUCGACAUGAUCUGGGGCAGUGGCGCAGGAUACUUCCUCAACACCACUAUCGCUCCUAACGAGGACGACAUCAACAUUACAGCUGAUAAGCGCACCACUACUACAACCGCUGGCGGAUUCGUCUUUGAUCAGUGUACCAUCACCCCAAGUUCAGGAUCCAUGUCUAAGAUUUCCCUCGGUAGACCUUGGAACUCCUUUGCUCGUGUCGCAUACAUUGACUCCUACCUCGGAUCCUGUGUGGAGGCUGCAGGUUGGGAACAGUGGUCCUCAUCUAGCCCUCAGACCUCUGGUGUCACAUUUGCCGAAUAUGGUAAUUAUGGCCCCGGGUCUAGUACCUCGCAGCGUGCAUCGUUCGCUACGCAGCUGGACAAUGCUGGAGUUAUCCAAUUUGAGCUGGCCAACUUCUUUACGACUACCUCUUGGAUUGACUUCACUCACGUGAAUGGUACUCCCUUCGUUCCUGGCACCGCCGUCGUCAGCUCGACUAUCGCAUCAACCGCUGUUUCGACGGUUGCUAGUACACUUGUCACUUCGACGUCCACAACUGUCUCCGCAUUGGCAAUCACUACUACUAUUGACGUUGUGUCCACAUCAACCACCGCUGUCCUUGCUACAAUUACUCCGGUUGACAAGACUUCGACCGUCAAGUCUACUGUCACCCUGACAGUUACCCCUGAGGCUGUCUCAAAGACCACGACGGAAAAAAUGACUAUUACAACCACUGCCGUAGUUACUGAGCCUACCACUACUUCGACCAAGACUUCGCUCGUGACCCUUGAUGUCGGCAGCACAGUCACUCCAGCGCCCAAGACUGUUACAUCUACCGAGAAGUCUUCUACGACUGUCACGGUUUCCGUGGCUGGAAAGGAUACCACAAGCAUCCUGAAGAGCACUGUUACCGCAACUUCCACUAUUACGGCUGCCGCGUCAGUCGUCACCAGCACCGAAAUGGAGACAACUACAAGCCUCAAGACAGUAAGUGGCAAGGCUGGAAAGACUACAUCCGUUGUUACUGUCACUGUCGGAAACGGAGGAACCACCACCAUCAGUACCAAGGCAACCACUGAAGUGAUUACAUCCACAUCGACCAAGACAGCCUCCAAGACUGUAACAACUACACUCAGCUGCGAUGAAGCCAAUGAAAUCACCAAGAAGAUCAAGCGUGAUAUUCUUCCUCGGGCCAAUCCUGCUACCGUGACAGUAUACACCACAGACAUCACCUACGUGACCAAGACAUCAACCACCACGAUCCCUGUCGUGACUGACUACAUUACCGAUGUCACGACCAAGACAACCACACUCAAGGCUGCCACUGUUACCGACACCGUGACCUCGGUCGCAACCAAGAGCUCAGUGUCAACCAUCCCAGCGGUCACUUCCAUUGUGACCGUCACUGACACCACCUCAGUCGGAAAGACGACGACCCUCAAGGCCUCCACUGUCACAGACGUUGUCACCUCCCUUGUCGGAAAGACAUCGACUGUCACCCUCCCUGGCUCCACCUACACCACUGUGAGUCUCAAGUCAACAACGGUCAAGAGCACACUCAAGGUUCCUGCCUCCACCACCACCGUCACCAAGACUACCACUAUCAAGAGCACGAUCACUCUCCCUGCCUCUACCAGCACAGUUGUGAAGACCUCCACUGUCACCAACAAGCCAUCUGUUACUAUCACUGAGCGUGCUACUUCCACUUCCACCAAGGUUGUGAAGACUACUUCCACCAGUACCGCUACCGUCACAAAGACGGCCAAGUGCUCAUGA